GGACACUCUUUGGCAGGGCAGGUUGGCAAUCAUGACGACAGGCGACGUUGAGGGCCAGCUCAGGAGGAGGGAGGCAGCUGCGUGGCCAUCCCGCUUCCCCUCCGCGUGCGCGCCAAGCCGCAGUGGAGCGAGGGAAGGAGCGCGAGGCUCCGCGGCGUCGGCUCGGCUGUCGUGUCAAGGCAGCGCCACCCCGACGCAGGACAGGUGGCCCGGGCAUAAGUAGCCGCACCGACAGGCCGCUCCAACCUCGCCUCCCAACCACCACCUCACCCACACCACACCAAGCACCCCACCCACGCACUCAUCCACCAUGGCCGGCAGCAAGAAGAUCCUCGUCGUGUUCACGUCGCACACCAAGAUGAUCGACAACGACCACCCGACGGGCUACUACCUGCCCGAGAUUGCGCACCCGGCCUACGCCUUUGAGCGCGCCGGCUACACGCUCGACGCCGUCAGCCCCAAGGGCGGCGAGGCGCCGCUCGACCAGGCCAGCGUCGAUGCCUUCAAGGACGACAAGGAGUGCCAGGCGUUCCUCAAGAGCGACAAGUGGCAGGCCUGGGUCAAGAACACGGGCAAGCUCAGCGACGUGCCCGCCGACGGCAAGGGCUACGAUGCGAUCUUCUACCCCGGCGGCCACGGCCCCUGCUUCGACCUGCCCGUCGACGAGCACAGCAAGGCGCUCAUCAAGGCCUUCUACGAGUCGGGCCGCCCCACGACGGCCGUGUGCCAUGCUCCCGCUGUCUUCACCGACGUCAAGCUCUCCGACGGCUCAUACCUGCUCAAGGGCAAGAAGGCCACCUGCUUCACCGACGCCGAGGAGGAGCAGGCGCAGCUCACAAAGGCCAUCCCGUGGCUCGUCGAGUCGCGCAUGGUCGAGCGCGGCUGCGACUUCUCCAAGACCAAGCCGUGGGGCGAGCACGUCGUCGUGGACGGCAACCUGCUUACGGGCCAGAACCCGGCGAGCGCCGGCCCGCUCGCGGAGAAGAUCAUCGAGGUGCUGAGCAAGGCCUAGGCGUGCCCAGCUGACUGCUCUCGCCUGUGACCCUACUACUACCACCGCUACUGCUCCUCUACUGCUUGCAAUCGACGCAUGAACACCUCACAGCAUCUGACACACGCUCCUUACCCGUGUACCGCUGCGUGCACAGCCGGAGUGCUGCAUGGCCUGUCGCGCGUGCACGGGUUUGCAGCGCAUUCCGGCCUUGAGCCUCGCUCGACGCUGCGGCACCAAGGCUGACCUCUGCGUGCCUUUGGCUGCUAGACCUGAUUG